GUUGGUUGGUUAACGGUGUACAAUGUUCCUGGCAACUGAAAUUGCAAAACAGAAAAUUGUGUUCUCUAUCAAGAAAAUUUGUUCUGUAGAAUUGCUUAACCAAUUUCUGUAGUGUCUCAAAUCUGUCUUCUGUAGAGAUUGAGCUCUCUCAGAACAGAAAAUAACAAACACUGGUGUCCGCUGAAGUGACUGCAUGAACCAGCCUCUCAAAUUCCAGGGGUAUGAAUCUAAUAACCUUAUCAAUAAGGUUAUUAGAUUUAGAGAUUGAGCUCUCUAAAUCUAAUAUACAGAUUUAGAGAAAGGUUGCAAAAUUUUGAGAGUAAGUUCGGUCACUCCAUCUUUUUGUAAGCCUUUCAGACCACUUUUGAGUUAACUAAACAAACCCUUAUUAGCCGACGCCCGACAGAAACACCAGACAGCAUUGGAAACCCAUUUUUACUGUCUACUUGAGAAAACAAAAACCCCAAACUUCUUCUUCUUCCUCCCGCAUCUUUCACUUCACAAGACAUACUUAUAAAAGCGCUUCAUUUUUCUCAUCUUUUCGGUUUGAUACGAAAGGUUCCAAAGCUUGUUCGGUUGGUUUCGGGUAAAGAAGUAAAAAGAAAAAAGAUCAAACUUUUCAGAUUAAGACCGAAGGGCCGAUUCCAGUCUGUAAAUUGUAUCUACCCGCUUGAGCUGCCUGAGAAGAGAAGAUGAGUUACUUAUUAACAACGCUGACAAAGAAGCGAGAAGUGGACUCGAUUAUUAGAGACACUAUUGACAAAGUUCUUGUCCUUCGUUUUGGGAAAGCUUCCGAUGCCAAAUGUCUGCAACUCGAUGAUAUUCUUGCGAAAUCAGCUGGGGAAGUUUCCAAGUUUUGUACCAUAGCUUUGGUUGAUACUGAAGCAGAAGAGAUUCAAGUUUAUGUCAAAUAUUUUGAUAUUACUUUGGUACCGUCAACCAUUUUUUUCUUUAAUGCCCAUCAUAUGAAGAUGGAUUCAGGGACUGCAGAUCAUACAAAAUGGAUAGGGGAAUUCCAUAGGAAACAAGACUUCAUUGAUGUUGUUGAGGCAAUAUUUAGGGGGGCUAUGAAAGGUAAACUGAUUGUGGGUUGCCCUCUUCCACCUGAAAGAAUACCUAGAUUCCAACUGCUAUUCAAGGACGUGUGAUAGUUUGUGAAGUCGUAGUACUGCAGAAAGAAUGUUUUAGAUCUGAAGAAGAUUAAGAAGCUAGAGAGAUUUAAAAAAUUUGUUGUGCGUUGAAAUGAGUUUGAAAUUGGGGUUUUAUAGAGAGGGGAAAUUGUAGCCGUUGGAUGAGGAACCGAUGAGCGAUGAUCAAACCAGCGAGCAACAACAUGACUGUCGCUGGCGCUAGAAUGACCAACGAGCGAUAUUGUGACCAUAUGGCGAUGGAAACUCUGUCGCUUGUUAGAAACUUUGUCAUGUAUGCCUAACUGCUAUUCCUGGCACAUAGGCAUAUAUGUUUUGCACUUUGGCAUACCCACAGCGGGCGUUAAAAUGACAAAAAUCAAGUCAAAAUCAACUGCUUGACAUGGACAUAGAAAUAGGCCUAAGCAAGCAGUUGUACUUGCAAAAUUUACAUAAAUAAUGGGGUUAGUCCCUAAUAAUUUAAUGUUCCGUAUUUUAAAGUUUUAAC